AUGAACAUAAUGUCACAAUCUCUUGUUUUGGUUUUACUGUGUCUUUACAACCUCUCCUUCUCAGAAGGUUUCAAUGGUGGAUUCAGUGUGGAGAUCAUCCACCGUGAUUCACCAAAAUCACCAUUCUAUCGUUCCACAGAAACUCACUUCCAAAGGGUUUCCAAUGCUAUACGUCGUUCCAUUAACCGUGUCAAUAAUUUAAACCAAUUAUCUUCUGUGUCUGCAAACACACCCCAGGCUCCUGUCACACCAGAUUUAGGUGAAUACCUGAUGAGCUAUUCAGUUGGAACCCCACCAUUCCAUGUCUUUGGAAUUGUUGAUACUGGUAGUGACAUCAUUUGGUUGCAAUGCCAACCAUGUAAAAAUUGUUUUAAUCAAUCUAGUCCUAUAUUUGAUUCUUCAAAGUCAAAAACAUACAAAACCAUGCCAUGCUCUUCCAAUGCAUGUCAUUCUGUAUUAGGUACCUCUUGCUCCUCUGACAGUAGCAAACAUUGUGAAUAUGCUAUUAACUUUGGUGAUGGCUCACACUCACAAGGAGAUCUUAGUGAGGAGACCCUCACUUUUGCCUCCACCAAAGGCUCUCCUAUCCAACUUCCUGGAACUGUGAUAGGAUGUGGACAUGACAAUGCCAUUCCCUCUCAUACGAACAAUUCUGGCGUAGUUGGCCUAGGACACGGAUCUGCGUCCCUUAUAACCCAAUUGGGUUCUUCAAUAGGUUGGAAGUUUUCUUAUUGUCUGGUACCAACACUUUCAAAAUCUAUUUCAUCUAGCAAACUCAAUUUUGGAGAUGCUGCUGUGGUUUCUGGAAAUGGUGCUGUCUCAACCCCGUUAUUCUCAAAGAAUGAUGUGCUUUACCACCUAACCUUGGAAGCAUUCAGUGUGGGAGGUACUAGAAUAGAAUUUGGACAAUCUGGUGGAAAGGGAAAUGCCAUAAUUGACUCAGGUACAACACUCACUCUUUUGCCAAAUGAUGUUUACUCAAAGUUGGAAUCAGCAGUUGCAAGUGCAGUUAAGUUGCGGCGUACUAAGGAUCCAAAUCAAGUUUUGAGCCUUUGCUACGAAGCUAAAUCUGAUAAACUAGAUGUACCAGUGAUCACAGCACAUUUUAGCGGUGCUGAUGUCCUUUUAUAUUCUAUCAGCACCUUCAUUCCUGUGGCUGAUGGAGUUGUGUGCUUUGCUUUCAUCCCAAGUCAAAUUGGUGCUGUCUUUGGGAAUUUGGCUCAGCAAAACCUUUUGGUCGGCUAUGACCUAAAACAAAAUACAGUGUCCUUUAAGAACACAGAUUGCACUAAGCAAUGGUAG